CAGUCAGCUUGUUAAACAUGAAACACUACUAUUUGUUAGUUUUCUUUUUAAAAGUAGUUUCCGCUAAGGAAAGCCGGAUUGCCACGUCCACUUAUGAAAUGGCAAGAGUUGCGGAAGGAGAGGAUGAUCUUCGUAGCGAUCUAAGACCAUUAGUGGAAGCACUGCAAAAAAAGUUGGACAUCAUACGCAUAUUUGCAGACGAAGCAGCGCAGCGAAUGCGUCAGGCCGAGCUCAAUCCUGAGGGCUAUGUUAGCAAUAUCUUACACAGUCUGCCCAUGAUGCGACGCAUGCAUCAAGAUGCGCCCAAGAUAAUAGAGCUUGUGAAAUUUGAUGCGGGUGCAGAGUUGGAUGGAAUUCAUGGCUACAGAUUAAAUAUAAUAAAUAAGAUGGAAUUUGAUCAUGCAGUCAAUGGGCUGCUGCGUGUGCAAAACACUUACGAUCUGGAAGCGGAGCACAUGGCCAAUGGACUACUGGGCCUAAAGCAAUACAACGCUACACUCAACUCUUUGGAUUGUUUAGCCUUGGCGCGACAUCUUGCCGAGCAGGACAAUCGCGAGCUGGCAAGCAACUGGUAUCAAUUAGCAUUGGAUAAGUAUGAGCAGACAUCACAGUCACUGUAUCAACUCUUGAACAUAAAGCGUGCUGACAUAUUGAAGGAGCUGAAUGCACUUAAAAAGUCCAGAUAGUCAGCAUUAGCAUAAAGAGGAUAUUAAGUUUGUAUAUUGAUUAAGGCUCAAAGCUCUAACCGAUUAAAGUUCAAAGCUGUGCUCUUACCUGUUUUAAUGACUGCUGUCCACAUGCACAAUUAAUACAAUUUGUUUCAUUUUCUUUUCAUUUAAAUUAAUUUAAUUCUGCGUUAUUAGUGGCCACACAAUUGACUGGUGCAAAUGACCAACGGCUGCUGACUGUGAAACAAUUUAAAUUGAAAGCAUCUCUUUAAAUUCA